AUGCGCACUCAGAUCCCUUUCUUGCUGCUGGGCCUUGCCCAGGGCGGACUUUCCCACCAGCCGGCUCAAAAUGUCAUUGCGUCCAGCUCUGACCACGCUCACGUGCAUGAGGGCGCGAUCACCCACGACAUGAUCGAGGCCGCCCUCGAGAAGCAUGCCGAUCCUGUUGAUGCACUGCUCUUUCUCGACCCAGCGCUCGCGGCUCACGUCAAUGAGCCGCGUCUGCUCCAUCUCCUGGGAGACAAGGAGGCCAAGUGGCUGACCGAGGGCGACAAGAUGCGCCUCCGUCGGCAGAGGCGCAAAUUCAUCGACAUCACCGGGUACGAGGAUUACUACAACGAUGUCGAGUCAUUAUUUGCUGGGGACCCUCACCUGCCCGACUUCACGCACCAGCGCCUGAUCAAGCCGCUCCUCAGUCUCGUCUCAACAGACAGGAUGAGGACGGCGAUCGAGCACUUCUCCAGCUAUUACAACCGCUACUACGGCGGCGUCAUCGGUGCCAAGAGUGCCCGCUGGCUGCACGACGAGAUUGCCGAGAUCAUCCAAGCUGCUCCCUUUGGCACCCACAUCUCGCUCGAAUACUUCACCCACCCGUUCCCCCAGUCCUCCAUCAUCGCCCGCUUCGAGCCCAAGGUCCGCAACUCGUCCCUGCCCUUGACCAUCCUCGGCGCCCACCAGGACUCGGCAAACUACCUGUUCCCGCUGCUGGCCGCCCCCGGCGCCGACGACGACGGCUCCGGCACCGUCAGCAUCCUCGAGGCCUUCCGCGUGCUCGCGUCGAGCGGGUACCAGCCCGCCAACGGGCCCGUCGAGUUCCACUGGUACGCGGCCGAGGAGGGCGGCCUGCUGGGCAGCCAGGCGAUCGCGCGGUUCAAGAAGGACCAGAACGCGCGCGUGGGCGCCAUGAUGGAGUUCGACAUGACGGCCUUCAUCGCCGCCAACGCCACCGAGUCGAUCGGGUUCGUCAAGACCCAGUCGGACGAGAGGCUGACCGAGUGGGCGGUCAAGCUGAGCACCGAGUACGUCGACAUCCCCGCGCACGUGUACGGCCUCAGCGAGGGCGCAGGGUCCGACUACAUGUCGUGGACGCAGCUCAAGUACCCGGCGACUUUUGCCACCGAGGGCAACCCGCUUGCUGGUGGGAACGGGGGCUUUGGCGAGUUCGACCCGUACGUGCACACGAGCAAGGAUACAAUGUAUGUGAAUGACACGACGGGCGUGUACUCGAUUGAUCACAUGGCGCGGUUCUCGGAGCUGGCCAUCGCGUUCGUGGUCGAGCAGGCUGGUUGGGAUAACAAGUGGAGGUAG